AUGGAUCUUGGAGAUACGAGUGUGCUCACCGACGAGCAGCUCAAGGAUGGCUAUGAUGACACCCCGUAUCAAGAGUGUUUCCCCGUGUUUAUCCCAGAGAGUGACGCUGCGAAUGUGGCUGGUGUUUCAGAUAGCAUUGAUGGAGGUGCUGAUUUUGACUUAGGUGCGGCCGCGCUUGGCCCUAAUGCAUCCCCGUUUGCUCUUGGUUCGACUGAAAAGUCCGUUGACAUCAACCGCUUCCACCGCUCCCUUGCCCACGCUUGCGAGCCUCUUUUGAGAGAAACUGCCCAGCAGAGAGGCAUCGUGCUCACCGGCAAGCUGGAACCGUGCACGGACUGCAUGAAGGCGAAGGGCAGGCGAGCGUCGGUGCCGCGGGGGCCGGGAGCGCGGGCGUCCAAGCCACUGGGUCGUGUUCACCUGGACCUGUGUGGACCGCUGGUGCCUUCCCUGUGCGGCAACCUCUACCUGUUCGUCGCCGUGGACAGCGCCUCGCGGUGGAACAAGGUGUACGGUCUCCGGCGGAAAUCCGAUGCGCUGGCGGCAACGAAAAGGCUGCUGGCGGACGUGGGGCGGUACGACCUCGGGCGCGUCGAGUGUUUCCGAGUCGAUAACGGCACCGAGUGGACCCGCGGCGACUUCCGGCGCUUCUUCGACGACAACGGCGUCGAGUUCACACCUCCUGGCGUUCCACAGUAUUGCGCAUCUCCGAAGCUGGGGUACGCUGAUGCGGACUUUGCAAGCAAGGUAGCAGACCGUAGGUCGGUGUUAGGGGGGAUCGUGACGUGUGGAGGAGGCGCUGUGUCUUGGUUUUCCAGAACGCAGAAGUGUGUCACGCUUUCGACCACAGAAGCAGAGUACGUCGCGCUAGGUGACGUAGUGAAGGAGAUUUUGUUUUUGAGGCAGAUUUGGCGUUUCAUGUUGCCGCAGGUCGGCAUGCCGUGCAUCCCCAUCUUCGAGGACAACCAGGGGGCGAUUCAACUAGCGCAGAACCCCAUCUCAAACUCGAACUCGAAGCACAUAGAUGUAAGGCACCAUUUUCUCAGGGAACUGAUAGAGAGGAAGGAAAUUUCGGCCAUCCACGUGCCGUCGCCGUACCAGCGUGCAGACUUUCUUACGAAGAGUUUGUCGAAGGAUGCUUUCGAAUCUCACCGUGAAUUUGUGAUGAAUUUGGCAUGAACAUUUUAUUGUUUUCUGAUGGGUUAUGCUUUGAUUUUGUUCUGUUUCCCGUUUUGUUUGUUUCCCGCGCCAAGUAUUUGUGAAGCGCGAUGCAGCAUUCAUAUUUCUUUGACAUGUUUUUCUCUCUUUUAUUGUUCUGGUCAAGUCUUCAUGGUAUAUAUUCUAGGAAAGACGUCCUUUGGUUGAGAUAUCGGGUGUUAGCGAAGUUUUCAUUGAGAAACUGUUGAGCAGGGGGAUGUUAGAUAUACUCGCAGCAGUAUCUGGUCGUGAGGAUCCCAGGGGGACACGUGUUGGGAAUUUCGUGUGUUAAAGGGUACCACCGGCGUAGUCACGGGGACCCUUUGCGCGUGGUCGGUGCGAUGAUGAGGAAGGCUUGCGUGCGUGCUGCGCUGUCCUUCCUCUUCUUCUUCUUCUUCCCUCUCUCUCCACCACCACCACCGUCU